AAUCCGACAAUGUCCAUGAAGACUUGGCCAAUGUGGUGUGUGAGAUCACCAUCAAACAGCGACUGAUAGAAGAACUUGAGCAGACACAGAAAAAAAUGAACUCUCUGAAAGUGCAUUAUGAGAGCAAAGUUCAGCAGCUUCAGCAGAAAAUCAAGGAAACAGAAGUGGAGAGGGACAAGGUCUUGUCGGAAAUUGAGAAAAUGAGUCAUUCAACAGCUGACACGGCCACCAAGAAGGUGAAACAAGAAUUUGAAAAGAAGCUUGGCACUCUACAAGAAGAGCUGAAAAAAAUGCAGUCUGAGCAGAGGAAACAUGCUAAAGUACAGAAGAACAAUUUCCAGUAUGAAAGGCACUUGAAGACUUUACAGCAUGAGUUGGGAGAAAUGAAAAAGACGAAGGUUAAGCUGAUGAAGCAAGUGAAAGAAGAAGUUGACAAAAACAGGCAGAAUGAAAUGCGACGCAGCAAAGAAUUCAGCCAGCUUCGGAAGGAGCAGCUGAAGAAAGAUAAUAUUAUCAAAACCUUGGAGCGGCAGACAAUACAGAAAGAUGUGGUGCUGAAGCGGAAACAGGAAGAGGUUGAAGCUUUGAGGAAAAGGCAAAAACCAUUGUCUAGCAAGGCCGCUGGCAGAGUGGGGAAAUAUGAUCGACCAACAACAGUACCAAUAGUCUCAUUAACAUCAAGGAAAAGACGGAGAUCUGAGUUUUCUCCAAAAGUUGCCAAACAAAAGUGGGAUUCCUUGGAAAAGAAUAUCAUAGCUGUGAUAUCUAAGCGGCAGACAGUCAGCAUGCUGGAGCGAGAUAUGAAUGUAUGGUUAAAACAACGUGAAAAGUGUACGAAACAGAUAGAGAAGUAUGAACGACGCAAGCAAGUGGCACUGAACUCAGGAAUGUCGGAAGAAGCUGUACACAGGUUGGACAGAACAAUAGAGGAUCUGGCACUGAAGGUGGGACAUGCACAAGAAAACAUCAAUGAAUGUCAGUCAAACAUUAUGCAAAUAGAAGAAUCUAAGGAAGAUAGAGAUGGCAGUGUGGAGAUAAAUUCCCUCCUUGAAGCCAUCACUUUAGAAGAAUCAAAGUAUAUCAUUGAGAAGUUUUAUCAGAAAGAACUUGACAGUGGAUUUUCUAUAGUUCAGAAAGAAUCAGAGAUGAAAGAGCUUCAGGGCAGACUGCACCAGACAGAACUGAACAAUGCCCUCCAGCAAGACCUCCUGCGACAUAUGAUGGAUGACAAUGUCAACAUUGAAGUGGAUGACCUUAUGACUCUUAAUGAUCCAGAUGAUAUGGAGUCAUCUUCAAGCUCAGCUUCGUCAUCACCUGCUGAAAG